GUCUUUCUCUCUCUCUGCUUAGUUGAAAAGAAGUGGGGAGGGUAGGUUAACUUGUAAAUGAAGUGGUCGAAUACGUGACCGAAAUCUCAACAAGACCACCCAAUCUGCAAAUAUGUAACGGCCGGACUAAACCUUGGAUAAUAUUUCCGAAUGGAAAACAUGAAAUUCCCUAUAAGAAGCACAAAGAAGCUGUGUUUUUACGCGGCGUUGUUGGUGUCGCUUACGAGCGACCUGGCAAUGGGAGCCUCGUUCUAUGGUGAUGGCUAUGUGCAGCUGAAGACAGUGGAGUCGUCGAACCGUAACUCCCUGCGUGUUCGUUUCCGUACCUCCAGCCCCCGCGGCCUGCUCUUCCUCGCUGCCGGCCACACAGACUACCUUCUACUGGAGCUGAACGCUGGUCGCCUGCAGGUGAAGCUGGACCUGGGCUCUGGUGAGCGGUUGCUGAGAUCAGAGAGCAGCACCCAACUAAACGACCUGGCCUGGCACACUGCUGAGCUCCUCCACGACCGCCAUAAUGUCACCCUAACUACGGACCAGUACUCCCACACCAGCCUCCGGAUGCCUGGGCACUGGUCUCAGAAGCAAGAUCUUACCAUUCAGGAUGGGCUGUACGUCGGCGGGUCUGGAGGCCUGGACAAGCUCUACCUACCCAAUGACCUAACGGGAUUCAGGGGGUGUGUGGACCAGGCUGUUUUCAACGAGAACAACAUGGUAUCGUCGUUGAGACCAUACGCUGGAUUCAAGAGUGUCUACGAGGUUUCUUUGGGCUGUAGUCCCCAGUUCUUUGCCGGCGGGGAGGAUCCUGUUAGUUUCUUUAGUUCAAGAGCGUAUGUCUCCCUGCCACCCUGGAACGUCUCCCACAGCCAGCAAGAGGCGCUCUUUGAGUGUGUGGUUCACACCUCGGCUAAAGAGGGGAUUGUCUUGUACAACUCGGCCAGACAAGGGGACUUUGUGGCAGUUGAAAUCCAAGAGGGGCUGCUGGUGGCCAUCGUGGGUAAAGGAGGCACCAAGACAGAACUUAAAUCCCUCACCUUUGUCAAUGACAGGAACUGGCAUUCAGUGAAGAUGUUCUUUACCCCCAAGACCCUACAGCUGACAGUGGACAAGGAGACGGUGAAGACUAGCAUCAGCUCUCGCUCCAAGGGACUUCAGUUAAGAGGGUCGCUGUUUGUGGGGGGCAUUGAUGACAGCACGCGUUCAGAAGUCAGGAAGAUGGGUCUGGUGUCUGUGUUGGGAAACAGAGUCCGAGGAGGUUCUUUUAAGGGCUGCCUGAAGGACAUGAAAGUCAAUGGGGUCAUGAUGGGUCUGCCUAAUGCUGUAGUCACUAAAGAUAUAUCAGUGGGCUGCGAGCCGGAGAAAGAACCGGAGCCCUCGACCACGAUGGGUUCAACUACUAUCCCGACUGUCCCCAACUCCCGGUUCGAUCCCACUUCGGUCACCCCUACCCCAGAAUUCCCUAUGUUCACUCUGGCCAGGGGGCUGGACAAGAAGUACGGGGCCAACUUCGUGCUGCUCAGGAACCUUGUCGUCUCAGAGGGCGGACGUGGGUCUCUAGAGUCCAAGCACAUCAAGGUGCUCCUGGACUUCAAGAAGCUCGGGGUACGCCAGUCUCAGAUCAUGUUCCGGAUCCAGGAGCAGCCGGUGCACGGUCAGAUACGAUUGGAUGUGGACCAGGACCAAGAGGAGAACGUCUUUAGCAUGCUGGACCUGUGGCACGGCAGGGUGAUAUACAUCCACGGAGGAUCAGAGGACCCAGAAGACUUUUUCACUUUCUCUAUCUUCUCUUCCUCCAGGAAGGAGGUUCCCACAUACCUGCAGGGGACGAGAAGGUACCGCUACAACAUCACAGUGACCCCCACCAAUGACGCCCCAGAGCUCAGCCUGCCCCAGGGGAACCUUUUCGUCCUGUUGGAGAAUUCUAGAAAACUCCUCACCAAAGAGGUGUUGAAAGCCACAGACAUUGACAGCAACCACACCGACCUGGUCUUCUCCAUCCUGGGGAACCUGAACCCUGAUGCUGGUUAUCUGGAGGUGGGAGAUAACCCCGACACUGCAGUGACCACGUUCUCCCAUUCUGAUCUGGAGGAAGGGAAGGUGAACUAUGUCCACACUGGGGCGAGGAACUCCAGGAUCGUGCUGAGGGUCAGUGAUGGAGACAAGGUGAGCAACACGGUGGUUCUGAGGGUCAUGGCCAUAGGGUUGGAGUAUAAGAUCGCCAACAACACCGGGCUUGAGAUCAUUCAAGGUGAGGUGGCUGUGAUCAGUAACAAGCACCUGGCCGUUCAGACCAAUGCCGUGAAUCAAGUGGUAGACAUCCGAUAUGAUGUCGUCAGGCCACCUCGGUAUGGGGAACUUCAGAGGCUUCACUCCAGCGGAGAAUGGAAGCCCACCGGUUCCUUCUCUCAAAGGCUGCUGGAGAAAGAACGCCUUCGGUACCUCAGCACUUUCCAAGAAAUCCAGACUGCCACUGCUACUGAUGACUUCAAAUGCAAGGUCACUGUCGCAGGAAGAGUUGACACUGAACUGGUCUUUCCAGUCACAGUGAAGUGGGUACACUAUAACCUAGUCAGGAACGCAAUGGCCGAUAUGAACAAAGUUCGGAAAGUGACGUUGGACUCACAGUAUCUUUAUGCCACGGUGGACAUUGUGACACUAUCCGAGGAUGAUCUUCACUUCAGAGUUCUCUCCUCGCCGAAGAAAGGACAACUUCUCCUUGUUAACGAGUUAUUGAAGACAAACGCAACUUUCAGCCAAAGGAAUGUCACUGAUCUCAAGGUACGAUACGAACUGGUCGACAGACCGUACGAAGACACAAGUGACACGUUUAAAUUCCAAGUGUUCUCCAAGCACGCUCAAUCACAAAGUUACGAUUUCCAGAUCUCAAUAAAAGCUGACGUCAACAGCGUAUUUAUAAGAAAUGACAAACUAUCUAUCAUGGAGGGAGAGAGUAAACUCAUCACAAAAGACGAGUUGUUUGCAGAGACUCUUAGCACCAAGGAGCUGUACUACACCGUUACAAGUAGCCCUAAACAUGGGAAGCUAGCACGCAUCAACCUGUCCAACUCUAACGCCAGUUACAACAAAAUCCUAACGUUCAGCAACCAGGAUCUCUUGGAGGAGCGUGUCAUGUACAUCCACGACGACACAGAGACCACUCAGGACCAGUUCACAUUCAUAGCCUCCACUAGUCAGGAGUCCAAAUCCUCCGUCACGGACGAUGAAGUCGGAUCCAAAGAAGGAACGUUUAACAUCUCCAUCCAGCUAGUUAACGACGAAAAGCCGGUGCGCGUUGUCGAUAAAGUUUUCCACGUGGUGAGGGACGGGCAGCGGUUGCUAACCCUGGACGAUCUCUGUUACCAUGACGCAGACUCGGACUUCAGCGACGGGCAGUUGGUCUACACGCGACGGGGAAUCCCGAUGGGAGACCUGGUUCUGGUGAACGACACAUCUCACAGGCUGUUCCAGUUCACCCAGAAGGAGCUGGAAGAGAAGAGAGUUUUGUUCCUGCAUCGUGGCGUGAACUCCGGACGCUUCGUGCUCUUCGUGUCUGACGGGAAACACUUAGUCUCCACUCUGCUGGACGUCAGCGCCCACGACCCGUUCCUGAGCCUCGGCAACAACACAGGUCUGUUGGUCCAGAAGGGAAAGGAAGUGACCGUAACCACCGGUAACUUCAGCGUCUUCACGAACCUCAAUGUCCGUGAUGACAGCGAAGUCACCUACAAGGUGUCCGAGCCUCCUAAGAACGGCUGGCUGUAUCGCCACGGAAACAUCUCAGUGGAGUUUACACAGCACGACCUGAAGAAGGGCCUCGUCUCGUAUCGCCAUGAUGACAGCAAGAACCUGGCGGAUUGGUUCAGUGUCACGGUUAAGGUUAAAGGUCACGUCCUGAAUGCCAGAAUCAACGUUAAGGCUUACCUGGAGAGCCAUCAGAGGCCCCCUAUCCUCCAGCACAACAACACCUUACUGGUGGAGGAGAGCAAACCUGUGAAGAUUGACGGGAGUAGACUGGAGGUGACCCACGAGGACAACCUGCCAUCUGAGAUUGUAUUUACAGUGAAGGUGGCUCCGCUACACGGGUUCCUGCGGCGCUUCGUGGAGGCUGAGGACCAGUAUGUUGGAACUGAACAGACCCCCGUCCAAACCUUCUCCCAGGAAGACAUAAACGCUGACAACGUCCAGUAUCAGCAGACGACCCCCAGACAGGUCAACGACACAUUCCUAUUGGACGUCUCUAACGGUGUCACAGAGGUCAACAGUAUCAGGAUAUCCGUGGACAUAAUCCCCCGCCUCAUCCCUCUCCAGGUGUCCAAUUUCACCCUGAGAGAGGGCGGGGCCAAGGCCUUGACACAGGAAGUGCUCAGGGUCACCAACCGACACUUCUCUGGCCUCAACUUCCUAUACAGUUUGACUGAGCCGUCGCAGAACGGCUAUAUUGAACAUUCACGUUACCCCGGUGUCCCUGUGCUGUCUUUCACCAGACGCCAGGUGGAGCAGGAGUUAAUCUACUACAUACAUGACAGCAGUGAGACCUUAGAAGACAACUUCACUGUGGUGGCCAACGACACAGGACUCAGGAAACAGAGCUCUCCCUGUACCGUGUACAUCCAGGUCACAGCCGUCAACGACCAGCAUCCAGUCAUCACCGCCAACAGGGUCCUCAGGGUGUGGGUGGGGUCGGUCACAGAGAUCCGCUCUGACGACCUGGAUGCCCAGGAUGAGGACACGCCCCUGAGGAGCUGCAGGUGAUAGUGACUCCGCCCUCUAAUGGCCACCUGGCGCUGAAGGCGCCCUCGCCAGGCCGCUCCUGAACUUCACCCUGCAACACAUCCAUCUGGGACAGCUGCUGUUCGUCCACAGUGGUGCCAUGUCUGGAGGGUUCAACUUCCAGGUGAACGACGGAGUGAACUUUGCCCCCCGACAGAUCUUCAGCAUCACAGCCAGCGCCCUGGUCCUCAGCCUGGAGAUUAACAGACCUCUCAAAGUGUUCCCAG